GCCCAAUAAACCCAAAAACGACCUUGGGCAGGAAUAUAAGCAAGCCCAAUAGAAAAUCGUUUACCCUGAAAACCAUCCCUGUUAUUUGCUAAAGAAAUCCUAGCUACUCGCCUCUUCUCUGUUACACACAGCAUCGGCAACCAUGGUGAAGUAUUCAAGAGAACCGGACAACCCUGCUAAAUGGAGUUAUUUAAGUAUGUUACAGAAUUUGGAGAAAAAAAAGUCAUUUUUGAUCAGUAGAAAAAAGUAUCCAAAAUUAAUCGCCGCUGGGAUGUCCAACUUUUUCUCCAAGGCGGAGGUGACAAGCAGCGGCCGCCCUGUCCUCCUCCACAACGAAGUCGAAUGCCACCUUCUCUCCGCCGUCGACCUUGAACCUGAAGACCACCGUCACUUCUCCCUCUUAAAAUCGGGUCUCCUCAUCCUCACCACCCAUCGCCUCAUCUGGCUACCUUCUUCUUCCGCCUCCACCCCUACUUCCGCCUCAGCCAUCCCUCUUGCUGCCAUUUCCCACAUCUUCUCUUCCAAAAAAUCUCUCAAGUCCGUCUUCCACUCCCCUAGGAUCCGCUUCCAAGUCCUCGUCUCGUCCGAUGGUCGGGUCUUCGAUCCAAGUUCCGGGUCUGGUUCCAGUUCAGGUUCGGGCUCGAGAUCAGUCGUAGUAACGGCAGUGAUUAGAGGGAAGGGGGAUUGUGAUGGGUUUUUGGUGAAGUUUUGGGACAGUUGGCGGGCGAGAGCUUGGGAGACUACUAAGACUUCAAGUUCCGGCUCAGGUUCUGCUUCGGGUUCAGGGGCAGCCACAGGAAUCGGUGGAGGGUUGUACUCGAGUGAUGGGUCGGUGAGGAUGGUUGGGGUGGCGGGUAUUUUAAGGAAGGAGCAAGAAAUGUGGGAGAGUACUGAUAAAAGUUUGCAGGAUGCUUUUCAGGACUUAAAUGCUCUCAUGAGUAAAGCUAAAGAGAUGGUGAUGCUAGCAGAAAAAAUGAGACAAAAGCUUUUGUCCGGAACGAGUUCUCAAACAAGUGGAACAAAUGAUGAGGAUAUGGGUUCAAAGGAAGAGAUGCAAGAUUGGUUGUUGAGUGUUGGCAUAAUAUCCCCAGUCACUAAAGAGUCUGCAGGUGCCCUGUACCAUCAACAAUUGUCCCGUCAGCUAGCAGAUUUUGUGAGAAUUCCACUGGAGAGAGCAGGUGGAAUGAUUAACCUUAUAGAUGCCUAUUGUCUCUUCAAUCGUGCUCGUGGCACAGAAUUGAUCUCUCCAGAUGAUAUGUUGCAAGCGUGUUCUUUGUGGGAGAAAUUUGAUGUUCCAGUGAUGCUUAGAAAGUUUGAUAGCGGAGUUAUGGUGAUCCAAAACAAGUCCCAUAGUGAUGAGGAGGUUUUUGCUAGAAUCAAAAGCCUUGUGACUAAGCCUGAAGCGCUUCGAACUGGUAUAAGCCCAACUGAUGCUGCAAUGACAUUAGGGAUUGCUCCGGCUAUGGCCAAGGAGCAUCUUCUAACUGCAGAGAGCAAAGGUUUGCUAUGCAGAGAUAUAAGCCCCGAUGGCUUUCGGUUUUAUAUUAACCUGUUUCCUGAAAUCGACCCAUGUAAUAUGUAUUUUGUGAAGGAUUAUGGGAUCUGCAGUACUUGGAUCAAGGCAGUUUCUACUACCGGCUUAGGUAUCGGCGAGAGAAGCUCAACUUUCCGGUGACUCUUCCUUUGAACUCUUUCAAGAACUUUCAAAGGAUCCGCUUUCUCCCCUUUCACCACCUAUUUGUGAGUCUUGCAAUCCGUCAUUACAUCUUCAACCCCUACAAAAUCCCAUUAAAAGAAAUCAUCUCAUUCAUUCAUUCCAAUCCAUUCCUUCAAAAAAAAAAAAGUUGGGUGCUUUUUAGAAACCUGGAAAUCCACUGAGACAUCUACGGACUUUACGAGCACAGCCUUCGCAAUGCAUGUAAACCUUCAAAACAAUCUAUUGAGUAAACAACAGGAGAUUCUUCUUUAGUUUCUUCAGCUUUCUUUUCUUCUUUCUUCUCCUCUUUGCUGCCUUUUCCUCCCCUUUCUUUUCAUCUUCAACCUUUUUCUCUUCCAUUUCCUUCGUCUCUACUGUUUUCUUCUCUUCCUGCAAAUCAAACAGAAAAAGAAGACCGAUGAACAAAUUAUAAACAAAUUAGGAAAAAUAAUAGUUUUUUUAAGUAAUUAAAUGAUAAAAUCACCUCCCCCAUUGGAUUAGUGAAACUGGGUUUCAAAGAAUGGAGAUUUUUUUUUCUUCUGGAUGCUUCGGUUUUUUGUUAGGACAGCAUUAAGAUCUGAAGCUAAUGAAGAAGAGGAAGCGGGGAUUUUAUCACCAUCAUCAUCAUUCAUUAGUCAUGAUAACAUGACGUGGCAUUUUGUAAGGGGGCACGUGCUUGGGAGAAGGGGGAUGAGAUUCAGACAAAUAGUGGCUGACUGGUUCGUACAGGCUUGCUGAUAUUGGCACUUUGGGAAAAUCAUUAUUUACGAUUUUCAUGAUAAAUUUAUUAAAAUAAGGUUGUGCAGAUUUAAGUUUGUUUAUUAUUAUUAUUAUUAUUAUUAUUAUUAUUAUAAUAA